AUGAGUUCUCUAGCCAAAGUUUUUGAUAAUAUUCCUGAUUGUGUCGGGUAUUUAAUUAUGAAUGAAGAUGGUUCGAUUGAGCAUAGCCAUGGUGAUUUACAAAAUAAUGAAAAUGCCGCAAAUUUAGUUUAUAAAAUGGUUUUAUGUGCAUCAAAAAUAAGUGUACAUCCAAAAGAACGAAUGGCAUUUAAACGAUUUACAAUUUCUGAUGAUCAAUAUGUCUAUUGUAUUUCUUGUGCCAAUCAUCGAAUUUAUGUUGCUAAACGUCGACAAGAAUCAUCGACGAUUGCUUGA